UUAACCAGUAGGACAGCAUUGCUGUUAUUUUGGGUGUAUAGGCUGCAUAACUUGCCCUUCUCUUCAGUUUUGCUUCCUGCCCUGUAGGAGGACAGCCAAAGAGUGCGUCUUUGGCCUCAGCAGCAAUGAGCGUCUACACUCCCUACAGCGGCUACACCAAGCCACCUCUGACUUACCCGGCGAGCUACUACGAUGAGAAGCAGUACCAGCCGUAUCAGCCGUAUACAGAAGGCCCCCCGGACUCCGUGGAUGAGGAAAAGAGAAAGAUUGAGAAGAGAAAGCGCCGAAGUGCCAUCUGCUGUGAGGUGGUGGCCCUCAUCAUCGGGUUUGUCGGCCUUAUUGGAGUAGCUGCCGUGACGGGUUUGCCUAUGUGGAAGGUAACAGCCUUCAUUCAGGAGAACAUCAUUGUGAUGGAGACCCGCUGGGAAGGCUUGUGGAUGAACUGCUACAGACAAGCUAAUAUCAGGAUGCAGUGCAAAGUGUACGACUCCCUGCUGUAUCUGCCCGCCGACCUCCAGGCUGCCAGAGGUCUGAUGUGCGCCUCGGUAGCUGUGACCACCCUGGCCCUCAUCGUCUCAGCAGUGGGGAUGAAAUGUACCAAACUGGUGGACCACCGCGCUCGCACCAAGCACGUGGUUCUCGUGGCAGGAGGCAGUCUCUUCCUCUUGGGCUGCGCCACCACCCUAAUCCCCGUGUCCUGGACCGGCCAUGUCAUCAUCCAAGACUUCUACAACCCCCUGCUGAUCGAUGCCCAGCGCAGAGAGCUGGGGGAGGCCCUUUACAUCGGUUGGGUGACCUCGGCUUUGCUCUUCACCGCGGGAGUGAUCCUGCUGUGCCGCCAUGCUCCCAAGACCCAGAUAGAAGAGGAACGUGUGAUUUACAACGAGGGAAGCGUUUACCAGCCUCCAUACACAUACCAGCCGUACACCUACCAGCCACAAUACAGCUACCAACCAGCUUAUUCUGCACCUCCAGGGUCUGUGGUUUACAGUGCGCGUUAGUAACAAACUCAUUGGGGACUUUGCUUCAAAAUCGAUUGAGUUUGCUUGUUAAAUGGAAAAUGAGCCUAACCUCUCCAUACAGAGAUGUGGGGUUUAGAGGAUUAGGGUGUGAGUUAAAACAUUUUUUUUCAUUUUAGGUGUUACUUAAAGUGAAGUACAGAUGGAAAUUCUUUGACAGUAAUGAUAGACUUUAUGUCUGAAUCAUGAAAACCUGUGCGUCACCUUUUACCCCCAUACGUUUAAUACCCAUUCCUGUUUUGACUAUUGUCUAAAACAAAAACGGUUUGCAAUUACUUUGCACAAAGUACUGACUUUUUUCUGUGACAUGUAGUGCACUAAAUUCUUUGUAAAUUAAAUGAUUUUGUUUUUCUUACUUUAGAUUUGGCCAUGCGUGUUGGCUGGCAAGAUUUCAAUAAAUGUAAAUAAAGAAAUGGGUUAAAGAGUUUUUGUUAUAUGUUUUUUGCUUUUAUGUAUUGUAAAAUAUUUACUAAAGUUUCGCUUAGUCACAAAGUUUCCCCAUCUUGUUUUACCGUGAAGAGACACUCAAAGGGUUGGUAUGUUCUUUGGACUGUUGUCAAUAGAAAUGUGCCUAAACUGGUCAAACCAGAUUCAUAGCUCCACCCACCAAACAA